ACCUGUGAAGCUUGAGGCCACUCAAGUUCCAAAUUUGUGACAAAUCCCCCAGGGCUCACUGGAGUGGCAGAUAUAGACCCGCAGCUAACUGGAUUUGAUUUAUAAGAGAGAAAACUACAGUCAAUGCCCACUCUUGCCACAUUGCUAAUAUGGGAAACAGAAUGUUGAAUAGGAUAUGGUCUGAUAAAGAGUGAUGAUUGAAGAUGCUGCUCCAAUACAUGUGAAAUCAGUGGGAGAUACCUGCUGUCUGAAGAUCUUUCAGAGCUUUCCUCAACAAGCUCCCCUUUAAGAAAUCGGAGGUAUAUUCUACCAUUAUACAGCCUUUCUCAAGUGGAUAUAAAUACGUUUGCCUCACUGUAACCAGACAACUAGACACCUAAUGUGGGACCAUGGCACUGCCCAGAUGCACGUGGCAAAAUUAUGUUUGGAGAGCAGUGAUGGCAUGUGUGGUACACAGGGGACUGGGUGCCCCAUUGACUCUCUGUAUGCUGGGAUGUUUACUUCAGGCUGGUCAUGUGCUAUCACAAAAAUUGGAUGAUGUGGACCCACUGGUGACUACCAACUUUGGAAAGAUAAGAGGGAUUAAGAAGGAACUCAAUAAUGAAAUUUUGGGGCCUGUUAUUCAAUUUCUUGGGGUUCCAUAUGCAGCCCCACCAACAGGGGAACGUCGUUUUCAGCCUCCAGAACCACCAUCUCCCUGGUCAGAUAUCAGAAAUGCCACUCAAUUUGCUCCUGUGUGUCCCCAGAAUAUCAUUGAUGGCAGACUGCCAGAAGUCAUGCUUCCUGUGUGGUUUACUAAUAACUUGGAUGUGGUUUCAUCAUAUGUACAAGACCAGAGUGAAGACUGCCUAUAUCUAAAUAUAUAUGUCCCAACUGAGGAUGAUAUUCGGGACAGUGGGGGUCCCAAACCAGUGAUGGUGUAUAUCCAUGGUGGCUCAUACAUGGAAGGUACUGGAAAUUUAUAUGAUGGAAGUGUCUUGGCAAGUUAUGGCAAUGUGAUCGUCAUCACAGUCAACUAUCGACUUGGGGUACUUGGUUUCUUGAGUACAGGGGAUCAGGCUGCAAAGGGGAACUAUGGACUCCUUGAUCUCAUACAAGCUUUAAGAUGGACUAGUGAAAACAUUGGAUUCUUUGGUGGUGACCCCUUAAGAAUCACUGUUUUUGGAUCUGGUGCUGGGGGUUCAUGUGUCAAUCUGCUGACUUUAUCCCAUUAUUCUGAAGGUAACCGUUGGAGCAAUUCAACCAAAGGACUUUUUCAACGAGCAAUAGCUCAAAGUGGAACAGCCCUUUCCAGCUGGGCUGUUAGUUUUCAACCUGCAAAAUAUGCUAGAAUGUUGGCCACAAAAGUUGGUUGCAAUGUUUCAGAUACAGUAGAGUUAGUGGAAUGCCUACAGAAGAAGCCUUACAAAGAACUUGUUGACCAAGAUAUUCAACCAGCUCGAUACCACAUAGCCUUUGGACCUGUGAUUGAUGGUGAUGUAAUACCAGAUGACCCUCAGAUAUUGAUGGAGCAAGGAGAGUUUCUCAACUACGAUAUAAUGUUAGGAGUUAACCAAGGGGAAGGGUUAAAAUUUGUUGAAAAUAUAGUAGAUAGCGAUGAUGGUAUAUCAGCGAGUGAUUUUGACUUUGCUGUUUCAAAUUUUGUUGAUAAUUUAUAUGGAUAUCCUGAAGGCAAAGAUGUUUUGAGAGAAACCAUUAAGUUCAUGUAUACUGACUGGGCUGACCGUCAUAACCCUGAAACCAGAAGAAAGACAUUAUUGGCUUUGUUUACGGACCAUCAGUGGGUGGCACCAGCUGUAGCCACAGCAGAUCUUCACUCAAACUUUGGUUCACCUACGUACUUCUAUGCCUUUUACCAUCAUUGCCAAACAGAUCAGGUUCCAGCUUGGGCUGAUGCAGCCCACGGAGAUGAGGUUCCCUAUGUACUGGGAAUCCCCAUGAUUGGUCCUACAGAAUUAUUUCCUUGCAAUUUCUCCAAAAAUGAUGUGAUGCUGAGUGCAGUUGUAAUGACAUACUGGACAAAUUUUGCUAAAACUGGUGACCCAAAUCAACCAGUCCCUCAAGACACAAAAUUCAUUCAUACCAAACCCAACCGUUUUGAAGAAGUAGCAUGGACCAGAUAUUCCCAGAAAGACCAACUUUAUCUCCAUAUUGGAUUAAAACCAAGAGUUAAAGAACAUUACAGAGCCAAUAAGGUGAACCUCUGGUUGGAAUUGGUACCUCAUCUGCAUAAUCUCAAUGACAUUUCUCAGUAUACCUCUACAACAACUAAAGUGCCAUCAACUGACAUCACUUUCAGACCUACGAGAAAAAAUUCUGUACCUGUCACGUCAGCCUUUCCCACUGCCAAGCAGGAUGAUCCCAAACAACAACCAAGUCCAUUUUCAGUGGAUCAAAGGGACUACUCAACAGAGCUGAGUGUCACUAUUGCAGUUGGAGCAUCACUGCUGUUUCUGAACAUCUUGGCCUUUGCAGCCCUGUACUACAAAAAGGAUAAGAGGAGACAUGAUGUUCACAGGAGAUGCAGUCCUCAGCGCACUACUACCAAUGAUCUAACCCAUGCACAAGAAGAGGAAAUCAUGUCCCUCCAAAUGAAGCACACUGAUUUGGAUCAUGAAUGUGAGUCCAUCCAUCCACAUGAGGUGGUUCUUCGGACCGCCUGUCCCCCAGAUUACACACUAGCUAUGAGGAGGUCACCUGAUGAUGUUCCCUUAAUGACACCCAACACCAUUACAAUGAUUCCCAACACUAUACCAGGGAUUCAGCCCUUACACACAUUCAACACAUUUACUGGAGGACAGAACAAUACUCUGCCCCAUCCCCAUCCCCACCCCCAUUCACAUUCAACAACCAGGGUAUAGCCAGAUCACAGAAACAAACUAUUUUUUUGAUGGAUUGCAGUAAACAAUUACGGAAGAUUCCUUGGCUUUCAACCUACAAGACUUACUAUUUAAAUAAGGAGGAAUGUUAUGUGAAUAUACAUAUCAAGAACUUUGGGGGUUUUGAAAAAAAUGAAUUGUGUAUAUACAAAUCAACUUUAAAAACAAAUUUCAAUUGCUUGAAGCAAUUGUGCCGAAUGAUACUUUUUCAUUCACAUUCAAGAAUUAAUUUUUUGAAGAUUUAAGUUACAUAAUGGAAUUAGGCAUGUGGAACACCAAACAGGAAAGAACUAUGUCUGAAAUAUAAAAAAUAAAAAUAAAAAAACAACUAUGAAUAUGCACAAGGGACACACCAAUGGAAUGUCAGAUAAUUUUCACCAGUUUUUAUUUGGAGCCGUUUUAUUGUGUAGACCAUAUUUACAUAUUUGGAUAAGUACACAAAGCGUCAAUGCUGUUAAUGGCCUUAGCAAAGGCUCAUGCUGAAAUUUGCCAGUAAAACAAAGAAAUUUAAAGACUGGCAGGUACAACAUUAUCACAUAAGUGCUGUCAGUAUAAAGUUGUGGGGAUAAAGGAAACUGGAUAUUUUUAGCACGAUGUGCAUGAUAAUUUAUAUGCUUGGUGGCUGUGCUGCUGAUUAAGCCGUAAUUAAAAUUCUUCUCAUCCCAUUGGAGUUUUUAAUAGAAGCUUCCUCCAUCAAUUGGCAGAACCUAAAGAUUUUAAGGGGCAAAAGUAAUUACAAUAAAAUAAUUCACAGUAGUUUCAAUAUAGAAUGAAUUAGUUAUUAAAGGUAUUUGAAGAAACUAUAGGUAUAGUGGUGAAUACUCGCUGAUAUGAAUCCCAGAAAAAAAAUUCCCUGUUUUUAAUGUUCUUUUCAUUCCCAUCUAGAUAAUUUAUAGAACUAUAACCCUAAUUGGACAUGUGGUACAGGAUCUAUAAGUUGCUGUGUUUUUUUGUUACUCUGUAUUUUGUUCCUUUUGGUAAGGUGAAGUGUGUCCAAAGAGUUACUUGCAACAGUCUUUCACGAUAUGAGGAUGCCCCAGUAUUAACACUCUGAUUAUAGUUCUGAGUUCAUUGAUUUACUCAUGCUGCAUGACAAAACGUUUACUAAUAACAAUUCAUUAUAAAGUUAUGUCCCUCUUUACAUCACUUAUCUUUCUCACUGAGGUUCAUUCACUGGAAUUUACUCACGCAAUCUCAGUAGAGUACAACGUAGAUACAGAACCUAGGAGAGUCAACACCUGGAGGAUUUUAGUCUUACACAUAUGUGUGAUUUUAAAUGAAUAUUCUCAGAUCACAGGAAACUCUUCAUCCCCCUGUUGUUUACCAGUAACAGCAUAUCACAGACCUUUCCAAAUGUUUGUAUAUGUAAUCAGAUGUACAUUUAUAUUUAAAAAAAAAUGAGAUGGACUUAAAGAGCACAUCCUGAUAAAUACUUUCUCUCUUACCUGUACUAUAUUUCUAUUAGACUAAAGUUAUGUGAUUUUUUUUUUACAUUUUUUCAGAUGACUAGCAAUUUUGAUAGUUUAUAAGAUAAUGCAAAGAACUUUCUCUGACAAACUAACUGCAGUAACAGAAACCUUUCUUUUCAGUUACUCUUUUUCAAGAAUGAAAGAUUAUUAUACAAAAAAAUUGUAUACUACUUGAUGGAACCAACUUUGUACAUCUUGGCCAUGUCACUGGUCAUUGUGUGAAAUAAAGAUAAUCUGGAUAAUGACUAUUAGUC